GAUCUCCAUCAAACUUGACCUACAGCAAAAAUAGUCUUCUCUCAGUUACACUAGGCUGGUCUCCCUCAGCAGUGAUUAGUGCUACUCCUCAGUAUCUUGUCUUUGUUAAUAACAGUAAUGGUAUUAUUAUGAAUGAAGACACUACAAAUACUGAGCUGUCUCUCUCAUUACGUCCUGAUGAUGAAUAUAAUAUUAGACUAGUAGCUACUGGUGAAGACUUGUAUAGUGAAACAAUCAAUGUUACUGUACCUCAAGUUGUCAGUAUUGAUGUACAAGGUCCAGUUAUGAUGCUGUUGGAUCACUCUUCUUCCUUUUCAUUAACCUGUACAUUGACAUUAGCUCCUCAAGUGAAUGAUACUAUAGUAAAAAUUUCCUGGGCAGGUCCUGAUCUCAUUGCAUUCAAUUCUACAACUGAUGGAGGCAUAGUUUUAGAUACUUUAGAGCCUACAAUGAUAUCAGCUAAUGAUAGUGUUGUAUAUACACUUACUCUUAACUUCUUUUCAUUGCAAGCAUCACAAGUUGGAGAAUAUUUUUGUAGGGCUCUACUAAAUGAUGGGGCUGAUAUUAUUGAUAUAACAUCAAAUUAUAAUACAAAUACCAACUCCUGUGGUCACAUUUAGUGUUAAUACAACAGGACGUAUUUUUGAGAGCAAUGACAUUCAGUUAUUAUGUAUUGUCACUAUUACUCCACUGGAUGUUAAUCAUACUGUUAACAUCAACUGGUUUGAACCUAAUGGACUCAUUACAAUGAAUGAUGCUAAGUAUAGCAUUAGUACUGGAGAAAUCAAUUUGUCAACUACUGGUAGUAGCUUAAGAUUCACUGCAUCUCUAUCAGAUAAUGGAACUGAUUACUAUUGUACUGCUAGUG